AUGAGUUGUCGUUCUACCUGCCAUUCCGCCCCUGGUCAACCUCGAGACCAGCUGCUGACCAGCAUGUCCGAUCCCCAGUAUACCAUUCCUCUCGGAUCCAAGAUUCUAGUCACUGGAGGCAACGGCUUCAUUGGGUCACAUGUGGUUGAUCAAUUAUUGGAACUGGGUUACUCGGUCCGUGGCACUGUUCGGACCCCCAAGUCAUGGUUAAACAAGCUCUUCGAUGGCAAAUACGGCGAAGGGAAGUUUGAGACAUUCAUCCUACCAGACUUGACCGACCAAACAGGAUGUGAUCGGGCGGUUGAUGGGAUUUCAGGUAUCAUACAUGUGGCCGCGGACGUGUCGAUGAACCCUGAUCCAAGCGUGUUGAUCCCAAAUGCCAUCAAGGCAACGCUCAACCUUUUGAACGCCGCUUCAAAGCAUCCUACAAUCAAGCAGGUUGUGUUGACUUCAUCCUCAACUGCAGCAUAUACGCCAAGCCCCAAUGAAGAACGCAUUGUGGUCACUCAAGAUACAUGGAAUGACUCUGCAGUCAAGGCUGCUUGGGAUGAACAUACUCCUUCUCAGGCGAAGGGUUACUAUGUUUACAUAGCGUCAAAGACCGAGACUGAAAGAAUGGCAUUCAAAUGGGUCGAAGAAAAUGGAAACCCCUUCGUUCUCAACAGUGUCUUACCAAGCAUCACUUUCGGCAAGAUUCUCGCCCCCGAGAUUCGUGGCUCAACGCAGUCAUUCAUUACAAGCAUCCUCAAAGGUGAUGAAUGGCCAAUGUCAAUGAUUCCUCCCCAGUGGUAUGUGAACGUCACGGAUGUUGCAAGAUUGCACGUUGCUGCUCUCCUUUCUCCUUCAAUCCGCAUGGAGCGAGUUUUUGCUUUCGCGGCUCCGCAGAACUGGACAGAUGUUCUGGAGAUUUUGAGAAAACUCCAUCCUGAUAAUUUGGUACUUCCUCAAAAACCAGAGAAUGAAGGCCGAGAUCUGAGCCACGUUGUUCCUUCGGAACGGGCGAGGCAAAUUCUCAACGACUUCUUCGGUCGAUCAGGCUGGGUGAGUCUGGAAGAGAGCAUUGCCGAGGGCACUAUAGACCUAUAG